UUGUCUUCAUUUGUAUGACUGGAGUUGUAUAUUAUUAUGUAGGCUAUAUCUGUCCUUUAUUGUGUAUUAUUGGUUAGAGAAUGUCAGUAUAUGUAUAACUUUUAGCUUUAAUUUCUUUGCUCAAUUACUAUGACUUCCUUACACAAAUUACUCACUCAAGAAGGAUAUGUGCAUUCAAAGUUGUUCAAAGGUCCAAAACAAGCAAAGUUUAUAGAUGAAUCCAUAACAUUGCCCAUUUAUGUUUGCCAUGACCAAACAAAUUUAAAGACUAGAAGUUCUUCAAUGUUUUCAUCUAAAAGAGUCGGUUCGGAUUCAGGGAGGACGAAGAGCGAUGAACUUGCUAUCGACCAAGUUGCUGUCAAGGCGGUUAUUUCCAUACUCGGUGGGUAUAUAGGCAGCUAUGCAAAGGACUCGAGUUUCCGGAAAAAGAUUCGAGACAAAUGCAACUCUUGCUUGAUAGGAAGAGAGAACGAUAUGGACAACCGCGUUUUCAUUGAUAUGGAAUCCGGAAUGGAGAGCGUUGAGAUGUUGGUUGGAGAACAAUGUACGAGCAGGAACGAAUUGAGCUUCAAGUCACUGCACAAGUUCUUUCAGAAUGUUGCUUCUGAAAUUAGUGAAUCUACUUGUGGAAUUCCGAAAUCCGAUAUCUCAGCUAUAGCUCAAUUGUACUUAUCAAUUAUUUACAAGCUUGAGAAGAAUGAUCUCAGUUCCGCUAUGCAUCUACUUCAAGUAUUCAUCGAUUCGCCUUUUUUAGCAAGAAACCACUUGCUUCCUGAUCUUUGGCAACAUUUGUUUCUUCCUCAUCUGCUUCAUCUUAAGAUAUGGUAUCAUAAGGAACUUGAAACCCUCUCAAAUUCUCACAAGGAAAACAGAACGAAAGCUCUAAGUAAAGCAUAUAACAGGCAGAUAGACUUCGGAACCAUGAAGUUCGCUCUCUAUUACAGAGAGUGGCUCAAAGUUGGGGGCAGAGCUCCUAGUAUACCUCAUGUUCCUCUGCCAUCUCGGCCUAAUUCUAUACCAUCAAGACGGAGAUCAUCGGAUUCUUAUAGUUCAUACUCAUCUAUCAAUAGAAAUUUGUACCAAGCUGUGUUUGGACCGACACAUGAGCAUCAAUCGGUAGCGCUUAAUGGUAAAAGAAGAGCUUCAAUGGAUGAUUGGGUUCAAACAGCAGAAAAGCUUCGCAUAGCAGAAGAACAUUGCAAGAAUUUUAAUUAUUCUAGUAAUAAGAUGACUACUCCUGGAAGGUCAUCAAGCCAAGAUCAUAGAAUUUCAAGAAAUGAAUUAUUGCCUGAAAGACGGAAAUCAUCGGAUCGUUUCAUGUUGUUUUCUUGCCAGAGUGUAGUUUCAGAAUGCUUGGUAAAAGGAAAUCACAUAAUCAGAAAUAAUUCGAUCAGCCAUGCUGACUAUAGUACUGACCAACCUAUGAGUGAUUUAAGUAGAGCCAUUAGUACAAUUUGCUUAUCGGAUAAUCUAAGCGACUGCGAAUUUUCUGUUCGUGUCAUUGCAAAAUCCUGGCUGGAGUCUCAUGACAAUCCUGUCAUUGUAAAAGCUUUGGCAACAACAUCUGUUAUAGAAGGACUUUUAGAAGUCUUGUUUGGUUCGGAUGAUGAUGAGAUUCUAGAAUUGGCAAUAUCCGUUCUUGCUGAGUUCGUAUCAAAGUAUGAUGCUAAUCGAUUGAUAAUACUAAACUUCGAUCCACAGCUUGAAAUUCUUAUGAGAUUAUUGAAAAGUAGCAGUUUAUUCCUAAAAGCUGCUGCUCUGCUCUAUCAGUUGAAGCCCAAGGCGAAACAGAUGAUAUCAAUCGACUGGGUUGCGAUAGCUCUUCGAGUUUUAGAAUUUGGAGAUCAGGUGCAAGUCUUAUUCAGUGUAAGAUGCAUGCCUCAAAAUGCAGCACUUUAUUUCCUGAGUGAGCUAUUAACCGGUUUUAGCGAAGAUAAGAACUUGGAGAAUGCGGGUCAAGUGGUGGCGCUUGGCGGAUUGAUGUUUCUUGUUACGAUUAUAGAGAAGGGAGAUAUUGAUGAGAGGAAUAAGGGUGCUAUGCUUAUGUCCUGCUGCAUUCGUGCCGAUGGAAGUUGUAGGAAUUACUUGGCUGAAAAUGUUAACAAGACUUGUUUGCUUGAGCUUAUUGCUCUUGGAAUGCAGCAAAAGCCUAAUGCAUCCGCUUUCACAUUACUCACUGACUUAUUAUGCCUCAACAAGAGAAAACAGAUCAUAGAGUUUCUAACUCAACUCCAACUCGGGUGGGGCGGCUUGAACGCCAUGCAUAUAUUUCUGGUAUAUCUUCAGAGGGCUUCCCCGGAAGAACGCCCACUCGUUGGAGCAAUUCUGUUGCACCUCGAUCUUCUAGGAGAUCCUUUAAGAAGUAGUACAUAUAGAGAAGAUGCAGUUGAGGCAAUUAUAGAAGCUUUGGAUUGCGAAAAAUGCAACUCCAAAGUUCAGGAUCGAUCGGCCAAAGCCCUGUUGAUGCUCGGAAGCUAUUUUUCGUACGGUAGUGAGGCAACACCACAAGAAUGGCUAUUACAACACAGAUCAAUGGAUGUAUUUUUCAGCAAUCAUCAUGUCACUCAUUUUAACUUGAAUGAAGAGGAAAAGGCAAUAGAAGAGUGGCAAAGAAAAGUAGCAAUAAUGUUAUUAAACAGUGGGAGCAAGAAAUUGGUAGCAGCUCUUUCAAAUUGUAUAGCCAAUGGCACCCCAAAUUUAGCACAAUCAUGCCUCUUCACUGUUGCAUGGAUGAACAAAGUUUUACAUUCAGUGGACCAAGAAAUCUCUAACUAUGACACAAUUUAUCCUUCUGCUUCAUUGCACCAUCUCAUCAAGAGUUCAGAAUGUGUUUCUAUACUAUCGUCGUUGAAUAGAGAGUUGAUAGAGCCUCUUCGAAAUCGAUUUUGACAUCUACAGCAACAGCUGAAUAUUCAAGUGGAAAGUGUUCGAAUAAUUUAUAUUUCAACAUUUGGAUUUACAUAUGUAAUUAACAAUCCAAUUGUAUAAUAUAUUAAGUAAUCAAAUUAAAAAAGUUAAAGUUAUGAGGCAUUAUUAUA